UCUACGAUCCCUCAAUUUCUUGUGGCCUACGCUUUCAUCUCACACCACACACAAACCCUAAUCUCAAUUCUGAGGAUGGCUGCGAACGAUGGAUUCGACACGCUUCAAUACUUGUCGCUCCUCUCCAAGGUCUGCGUCGAGUUGGAGUCCCACACCGGCGCCGCCGACAAGGUCCUAGCCGAGUUCAUCAUCCAUUUGGCUCGUUCAUCCGACAACCUUCACCACUUCAACGCCGUACUCAAUGAAAACGGUGCCCAUUUUCCUGAUUACCUUGUCCGAACGCUUUUCACCCUUGUUCGCGCAGUUCUUGAACCCGCUAAGACAGAGUCCAAAGCCAAACAAGAGGAUAGUGGCGGUUCUUCGUUGAAACCUCUCAAGAGAAUCUCCUCUCCGGAAAAAGGGGAAGCAAAACAGUUCACUGCCGCCGGAAACUUGAGUUCUCCAUAUAAGGACGAGGAGGGAGAUGGGUUGCCACGCCAAGAAGUAGAUGAUGAUGAUGAAGAUUUCGAGAUUGAGUUGAACGAUGAUGCACCUGCAUUCUUGCAGGGGCAAACCAAACACUCAAUGGACAUGUCUCCUCUCAAGAUUUUCAAGAAUCCAGAAGGUUCUCUGCUCCGCAGCGCGGCGCUUCAGUCUGCACUUGCUAAGGAACGAAGGGAAGUGCGAGAACAGCAGCAUAGGUCACUAUUUGAUUCAAUUCCAAAAGAUCUCAAUCGAGCUUGGGAAGACCCUAUGCCAGAGAAAGGUGAAAGACACCUUGCUCACGAGCUUAGGGGUGUUGGCUUAUCUGCAUUUGACAUGCCGGAGUGGAAGAGGCAGGCUGUGCAUGAUAAUCAGGUGUUGGUGGUGAUCGGAGAAACUGGUUCUGGGAAGACUACUCAGAUUACCCAGUAUCUUGCUGAAGCGGGGUACACCACACAGGGGAAAAUUGGAUGUACUCAACCCCGGAGGGCGGCUGCAGUGUCUGUUGCAAAGCGGGUUGCAGAAGAGUUCGGUUGUGGAUUGGGGGAGGAAGUUGGUUAUGCGAUUCGGUUUGAGGAUUGCACUGGACCGGAUACUCUCAUCAAGUACAUGACAGAUGGUAUGCUUCUUAGGGAAAUGUUAAUGGAUGAGACUCUGUCACGGUAUUCUGUUAUUAUGCUUGAUGAGGCUCAUGAAAGAACUGUUUAUACUGAUGUUCUUUUUGGACUCCUGAAGCUGCUCCUGAAGCGUAGGCCUGAAUUAAGAUUGAUCGUCACGUCUGCUACUCUGGAUGCCGAGAAGUUUUCAGGGUAUUUCUUUAACUGUAACAUCUUUACAAUACCUGGUAGAACUUUUCCUGUGGAGAUAGUUUAUGCUAUGCAGCCUGAGAGUGAUUACUUAGAUGCAUCUUUACGCUCUGUUCUGCAGGUCCACUUUACUGAACCUGAAGGAGACAUUCUUCUCUUCUUAACUGGUCAAGAAGAGAUUGAUUUUGCUUGCCAAGAUCUUGUUGAGAAAAUGAAGGGAUUAGGUAAGAAUGUUCCAGAGCUUGUCAUUUUACCGGUUUAUAGUGCUCUUCCUAGUGAAAUGCAGUACAGGAUAUUUGAACCUGCUCCACCUGGGAAAAGGAAAGUGGUUGUGGCUACUAACAUUGCUGAGGCUUCUUUGACUAUUGAUGGGAUAUGUUAUGUAAUUGAUCCUGGAUUUGCUAAGCAGAAUGUUUAUAACCCUAAGCAAGGUCUUGACUCUUUGGUGAUAACUCCAAUUUCACAAGCAUCAGCCAAACAAAGAGCAGGACGUGCAGGGCGUACGGGACCUGGGAAGUGUUAUCGUCUCUACACUGAAAGUGCAUACAGGAAUGAGAUGUCCCCCACUACAGUUCCGGAGAUUCAAAGGAUAAAUCUUGCAACAACUACUCUUAAUAUGAAAUCUAUGGGGAUAAACGAUCUAUUGUCCUUUGAUUUUAUGGAUUCGCCUUCACCUCAGGCGCUUGUUUCUGCUAUGGAGCAGCUUUACAGUCUUGGAGCAUUGGAUGAAGAAGGCCUGUUAACCAAACUGGGGAGGAAAAUGACAGAAUUUCCUUUGGAUCCACCGUUGUCCAAGAUGCUACUUGCCAGUGUGGAUCUUGGAUGCAGUGAUGAGAUUUUGACCAUAAUUGCCAUGAUUCAAACCGGAAAUAUUUUUUACAGGCCAAGGGAAAAGCAAGGCCAAGCAGAUCAAAAGAGGGCAAAGUUUUUCCAGCCAGAGGGUGACCAUCUUACUCUACUUGCUGUUUAUGAGGCUUGGAAAGCUAAGAACUUUUCAGGGCCGUGGUGUUCUGAGAACUUUGUUCAAUCUCGAUCGUUGAGAAGAGUCCAGGAUGUCAGGAAACAGCUUCUCACUAUCAUGGAUAGGUACAAAUUAGAUGUUGCGAGUGCUGGAACUAACUUCACCAAAGUGACGAAGGCUAUCACAGCAGGAUUCUUUUUCCAUGCUGCUAGAAAGGACCCUCAGGAAGGUUACAGAACCCUGGUUGAGAACCAGUCUGUAUAUAUCCAUCCAAGCUCAGCUUUGUUCCAUAGACAGCCAGACUGGAUCAUCUACCACGAGCUUGUGAUGACAACGAAGGAAUAUAUGCGUGAGGUCACUGCCAUAGACCCUAAAUGGUUAGUUGAAUUGGCUCCGAGAUUUUUCAAAGCUGCAGAUCCCACAAAGAUGAGCAAGCGAAAGCGUCAAGAACGUAUACAACCACUUCAUGGUGUAUCGGAACAAUGGCGUUUGAGUAAACGCCGUGCAUGAGAUGUAAUUUAUCUGCUUCCUCUUGAUGCAAUGUCUUUUAUACUGCAAUAUAUAAUUGUAUAUAGUUUUAAACUUAGAAAUUUUCCUUGCAGAAUGAUAUAAACGGAAACUUAUAAAUAUUUUCAUUUUGUACUAUUACUCCAAAAGCUUAAUAUACGAUAUGCCAUUGAUUGUAGAAUGUUGUUAUUGUUACUGAACUAAUAACAUCUAUAGCCAUUACCAGCAGUUGUUGCAGAUGGUUGACAAAGUCUUCCCUUGCAAAGAUCUCCUCUACAA